AUGAGACUCGGGAACUCCCUCGCCGUGGCGCUUGUGGCUACUAUGACGAACCACACGGCCGCCGGAACAACAAUCUCGCUCGGCCACGAUGCGGUCAACAACUACGCCUGGCUCACGGGCUCUGAGCCAUGUAGCCCCGUCGUCGUUUCCGCGUACGGGGCGUCUUCUGAAUGUGGUGUGGAAUUCGACAUCGACAUCGCCGGCGGAGACGACGAAGACGACGUGGCUACAUAUCGCCUUGAGCACUGCGGAGAGGCGACUUUCCAGCUGCAGGAACACGCUGGGGGCGAUGGGUGGGCGUUCACUGCGUCCUGUGAGCCCGCGCCUCAAGGGGAUGGUCGGAUGGAUUGUUCCUCUUCGACGGGCAAGGGAACUGUGCUCGAGGAAGUGUGGAGGUGUGGGUGA